UUGAAAACCCCAUUGCACGGAAAGCGUGCCCUCAUCGUCGCAGCUCUCGAGGGGACGCAGGGCACUCCGAGACCUCUCACCGACAGGACAUGAUGAUGAACUCCUCCCACGCUUCACCACACGGACAGAUCCAUGGGUUGCCACGGUCUAAACCUAGCUCCUUCUCUUCGACGUCGUCUUCAAUCGGCAGCAGCCAGUCGUCGCAGCAGGCUCCGCACCCAAUGCGCAAACCAUCCACCAAAGCUCUGAUUCUUCAGCGCAAACAUCAAGAAGAUCAGCAGCGAGCAACGCUGGCUAGAGCUGACACAGCGGACGACGCGGUACUGAGCCGGGCGACAUCGGAGGUUGCGUCACAGCUAGCAGCGGAAGAGGCUGCGGCGGCGCUUCGUGAUCGGUCCAACUCGUUGGCGGUCAUGGAGUCCAUGCGCUCACAUCUCCCGGGAAACGGCCACACAAUGAGCGUAAAGGCUACAGCCAAAUUGAAAAAGGAGAUGGGGAAUGCAGCCCAAGUGGUCGAGACGUUUCUAUCGCCGAAGUUGCUCAAGGACCAGUCGAUUCCGCAUGAGUUAUUGGCGGAAGCAAAUGGCCUGGUGUUUGUGACCAUGUACAAGGUGGGGUUCCUCUUCUCAGGCAAGAUCGGAACAGGUUUUGUCAUUUCCCGUACGACUGGAGGCUGGUCGGCGCCAAGUUUUUUAACUUCGGGAGGGUUUGGCUUCGGCAUGAUGGCGGGCGGUGAAAUUGUCAACUACAUGAUCGUCUUGAACUCUAGGAGCGCCGUCAAGGUAUUUACCCGUAAUGGCCAAGUACAGUUGGGCUCGGAACUUGACAUUGCCGUCGGACCCAUUGGCCGAGCCGCUAGCGCGUCGCUUAACGUCGGUGCUGGUGGCGUUGCGCCAAAUUACUCGUAUAGCCACAGUAAGGGGCUUUACGGCGGGAUUGGGCUCAGCGGCGCCGUCAUCUGUACACGCAAGUCGCUAAAUGCAAAAUGUUACGGCCCGAAUGUUACAGCGCGACAGCUUUUAGGCGGAGAAGUGGCGUGUCCGCUGGCUGAGCCGCUUUGGAGAGCGCUGGACAAGGCACUGGGUAUGCAACGUGAGUACGUGAACGGAUUCCCAGUGUUGGCGCCUACGUACACUGGCCUGGCGUGCGACGCAUGCGGCCACGUUCACACGACAGGGAACAGCCGGAACACGUGCGCUAACUGUGGGAACUUGCUGGUCUACAGCAUCGGUGUCCACUCCGGUCGGCGCAAUACCAGUCAGCUUAUUGCCUCGACUGGAGCGAAUCCGGCGGCUUAAGUGCGUCUAGUUUUUCGUGUGCAAAAUGUUGCACACUUUAUUUUAAGACAGUGAGGGAAGUUAAUACCGGUACCGGUAAGUCGAAUGAAUUUGCAAAAAUAAAAA